CUUUGUCCCCUUCUGAAGCCUGAGCUUCCUUCAUUUAUGAUUUUAACAUUUCAACUCCCCUCCUCCCCUCUCUCUCCCUCUAUAUAUACACGUAUCAAUUCCAUAACCAACUUAGAGAAGUGCACCUCACCAUUAUUAGCCUUGUAUCUUUGUGCGCUCAUAAUAACUCAUCCUCCUGCUAUUCCUAGACCCACACACCCAACUUUUUCCCCUCUCUUCAUCUUCAAGAGAAAAAUUGGAGCAGCAUAAAUAGAGAGAGUUGUGUGUGUUGAGUGAGUUGAGAAAUGGAAGGAAAUGGGAGCAGUGGUUUCAGAGUGGAGAUGGGUGGGGUGGAGGUAAUCCACAGGGUGGAGGAGCCACCCAAGAGGAGCACAUGGCAGAAACUGAAGGGCAGGCUGAAAGAAACCUUCUUCCCUGAUGACCCUUUUCGCCAAUUCAAAAACCAGCCUCUUAAACACAGGCUCAUUCUGGGUGCCCAGUACUUUUUCCCAAUUCUUCAAUGGGGUCCUGAAUAUAGCUUCAGAUUGUUCAAGUCUGAUGUUAUUUCUGGUCUCACCAUUGCCAGCCUUGCCAUUCCCCAGGGUAUAAGUUAUGCCAAGCUUGCAAAUUUGCCUCCCAUAGUUGGUCUUUAUUCAAGCUUUGUUCCUCCACUUGUUUAUGCUGUUCUUGGAAGUUCAAGGGAUCUUGCUGUGGGCCCAGUUUCCAUAGCUUCUCUGAUCCUUGGCUCCAUGCUCAGACAAGAAGUUUCUCCAUCUGAUGACCCAAAUUUGUUCCUCCAACUUGCCUUUUCUUCCACUUUCUUUGCUGGUCUUUUCCAAGCUUCUCUCGGCAUUUUCAGGCUUGGAUUUAUCAUUGAUUUUCUGUCGAGAGCAACGCUUGUUGGAUUCAUGGCGGGAGCUGCCAUUAUAGUUUCGCUCCAGCAGCUAAAGAGUCUUCUGGGAAUCACACAUUUCACUCAACAAAUGGGACUUGUCCCUGUUCUCAGUUCUGUUUUCCACCGUACAAAUGAGUGGUCGUGGCAAACUAUACUAAUGGGAGUUUGCUUCUUGGUCUUCCUCCUGUUCACAAGACACAUUGGCAUUAGAAGACCAAAGCUAUUCUGGAUAUCAGCAGGAGCCCCUCUUCUCUCUGUGAUUUUAUCCACUCUUCUAGUCUUUGCCUUCAAAGCUGAUAAACAUGGCAUUAGUGUCAUUGGAAAACUGCAAGAAGGAUUGAACCCUCCUUCAUGGAACAUGCUACGUUUCCAUGGGGCCCACUUGGGGCUAGUCAUCAAAACUGGGAUUGUCACUGGUAUCAUUUCACUCACUGAAGGAAUUGCAGUGGGGAGAACUUUUGCUGCCCUGAAGAACUACCAGGUUGAUGGCAACAAGGAAAUGAUGGCAAUCGGGAUCAUGAACGUCGUAGGUUCCUCGACUUCGUGCUAUAUCACAACAGGGGCUUUCUCUAGAUCUGCAGUGAACCACAACGCAGGGUGCAAAACAGCGGUUUCCAACAUUGUAAUGGCCGUGACGGUGAUGGUCACGCUCCUCUUCCUCAUGCCGCUCUUCCAGUACACCCCCAACGUCAUCCUCGGGGCAAUCAUCGUCACUGCAGUGGUCGGACUGAUCGACAUCCCCGCCGCGUAUUCUAUCUGGAAAGUCGACAAGUUCGAUUUCAUCGUCCUGUUAUGUGCCUUUUUUGGCGUAACAUUCAUCUCUGUCCAAAACGGUCUUGCCAUUGCGGUUGGGAUAUCCAUCUUUAAGGUGUUGUUGCAAAUCACUAGGCCUAAAACAAUGAUGUUGGGAAAUAUUCCUGGGACAGGGAUUUACCGCGACCUCGAUCAUUACAAGGAAGCCAUUACAACUCCUGGCUUCUUGAUCUUAAGCAUUGAAGCUCCAAUCAAUUUUGUCAAUACAACUUAUCUCAAAGAAAGGAUUUCAAGGUGGAUAGAAGAAUAUGAGGCCGAGGAGGAGCAAACCAAAAAACAAUCUGAGCUGAGAUUUGUGGUUCUUGAUAUGUCUGCUAUCAGUGCUAUUGAUACAAGUGGAGUCUCAUUUUUCAAGGACUUGAGAAUGACACUAGAAAAGAAGGGUGUUGAGCUUGUGUUGGUAAAUCCACUUGGUGAAGUCCUGGAAAAGUUACAGAGAGCAGAAGAAACCGAAGAUAUUGUGAAAUCAGAUUCUCUGUUUUUGACUGUUGGAGAAGCUGUUUCUGCACUUUCAUCAACCAUCAAGUUUCAAGUGCCAACAGAUCAUGUAUGAUUGAUCUAUUGCACUUAGUGUAAUCUCCUACUUAGCUUGUAUUUUUCUCAUCUUUAAUUUAAACCCUUAAAGUUGUGCCUGCCUUAAAUUAUUUGGAUAAAAUCCUCAAUUAAAUAUCAGAAAUGAACUUUGAACUGGAUUUCUAGAUAUUCUCAUAUUCAAUAUAUAGCAUAAUUGUACAAGCAGUUAUGUUCUGGCUAGCUUUGUAAGUGUUUGAUCUUUUUGAAAGUUCUAUGAAUUAUGAGAUAACUUCAGCUACAA